AUGCGACCGUCGUCGCGACUCUCUCAACGCGCGAAGUCUCGCUCGCGUUUGACUCCAAUCUGCCAGACCUUGGUCACCCAGAUAACCGGUAUGGAUAAUAGCACUCAACAUUCAGAGAACUUCAACACCGCAGUUGAGUUUGCGGUGCAGAAUUUAGAGGCUACGUCGCUUGUGAAUCUGAAAGGGAGUGUAGGCGUCGAUAUGAGCACAAUGGACAAACAAAUUCGUGGGCAUGUAGAAAAGGCCAAAAUCCAGCUUCGGGAAUCAUUGGGCCAGGCUUUGGAGACUGCUUACCGUCAGCUCAAAACUAGUAUGGCCCAUACCCACGACUUGGAUGAAGAUAUCAAAAUGGCCCAUAUGCCGGAUCAUUUACAGCUACUUAUCAAGCUCGCAAUGCCACCUGAUGAAUCUUCGCUGACAUAUGCAGACAAAUAUCUCGAUCGAGUGUCGAAUCCGCCUCCUCCAACCGCCGAAUUGACUUGGAAGGACAUCCUAACGGACGAACCAUUCGAGGGGGAGCAUUGGAAUUACGACCAGUCUGACAGCGGGAGCUCUCCGUCCUUGUCCCCCCUUGAUUCUGAUGAUCUACAAUUCCCCGAUGAUUCCUCCUCGUCAGCUGAUGAUCUACAAGACGUGCCAUCUCCCAUCAAGCCCGAGACACAAACUGCCCCAGAUGCAUCUAGCCGUCGUCAACGAUUUGAGCAUCGGCAGAUACUCGAGGAACUACAGAAGCAACAAUAUUGGCAUAAAGGGCGACUUGAUAUCCCCGUAGAUCUCAGUCGCCCUUUCGACGUUGGUGAUCCGUCAACAUUUGGUCCGUCAAUCCAUCGGGCCCUUGCUCGAACGUAUGAUAAGGAAGCGGCCUUAUACCUCGAUGCUUCCGAACGCGAGUGGUACAUUGAGGAGGUCCAUGCUGUACGGGAGGUCCUUUUUGCCCUUCAAGGUCGAAGAAAUAUCCUUCUGGACUGGAAAACCCACAAGUACCUUCCCUCAGAGCGGUCUCCGAAACUCGUGCACCUGUCCCUUUCCUCACAGCACUCCAUCUUAUCUUCCUUGGGGCUCGCUGCGACCGUAGUUCGACAACUCCGGGAAUUUGCGGCAUUCAUACUAUCUCAAUCUCGCUCUACCUCACAGAUCGCCCAGACCCUGCAGCCGCACGUUCACAAACCGAGAGUCACCCGCACAUUAGAAGCCUUCGCGGAUGCGCUGAGCCGGGAGAUCAGGGUGUUUGAUGCCUGGUGUGCAGCUAGGGAAGAUGACAUAUGUCGUGCUCAAGGAGGUGUAAGCGAGGAAGAAGUUGUCGUAAGUCUCUUGGCUACAGAAACAGCCGUUAUGGAUCAGUUCAACCGGCCCUUCGUAGCCCUGCGAGAGGUGGUGGGCAAAGUCACAAACGUGGACCAGAACCAGGGGACGGAAGCUUGGAGCCUCCUUUCUGUACCAGCUGCCGUAAUCACGGUCCGUCUUUUAGAUUCAUUGCUAGACUCUGUCCAGCGUCAUACGGAGCAAGAAGAUACGCCCACUGCGGAAGUAUUGAAGAAAGUGUUUACAAUGACCGUGGAACCUGUCUGGGGGAUGACACAUAAGUGGCUGAAGGAUGGGAUGGGUCUGGGUUUGACGCAGGGACAGGGCGAUGAGUUGGAGGAAGAAUUUUUCAUCGAGGGCACAGGCUUGACCAUUGGGAUGAUGGGAAUGGGGAUGGGUUUGUUAGAUCCCGAGUUCUGGUCUGAAGGAUACGUGUUGAGGGAAGGAGCCGACGACGAGCUUCCAGAAGCCAAAACGGUUCCCGCAUUCUUCAAGCACGCCGCCGGUCCGGUCCUUGGCGCAGGCAAGGCAAAUGGGCUCUUGCGCGCGCUUGGGCUGGCCACAAGCCUGACAGACCAAGUUGCAUUGGGCACCUGGCGCUCGUUCACAGAACUGCUGACUACACCGAUCCCUCACGGGCAUCAGACGGAGGGACAGACGGCCCAUGAGAACAUUCAAUUGGCCCUUUCUGUUGACACACUUUCACGCCUAGUCUACGACGAGUUAUUUCCGCACUGCAAGGCUACGGGCAGUAUACUCGCAAGGGUUCUCGUGGAGGAAUGCGGGCUUAGGACACACUUGUCAAUCAUCGAGGGGUUCUAUUUGAUAAGACGGGGGGACGUCAUGAGCCACUUCCAAGACUUAAUCUUUGCAAAGAUGGACAAUCAGCAAGGGUGGGCGGACUUCCAUGCCCUCAAUACAGUGUUUAGCGAUGUCGUCGAAAUGAAUUCUCUGGGGGCUACAAAGUGGAUGGAACCAUCCUUGAUGCGAUUGUCAUAUAGGGGAGGUAAAGACAAGGAGAGGUCUAUUGCCAGGUCUAUUAAAGCGAUCGACGGUCUCAACGCGGAAUAUGCGAUCCCCUUUCCUUUGACAUACAUAUUUCCCCCGAAAGUUCUGCAGAUAUACAGCGAAAUUUUCGUCUUCCUGCUGCAAAUUCGAAGGGCGAAAACGGUCCUGGAGAAAAUCCUUGUAAGGGGAGACGGAGCAAAGCACUUCCAGAGUGAGGUCAAGGUUUUCUAUUCCAUGAGGAGUAGGUUGUCGUGGUUUAUCAAUGCGCUUCUCAACUUUCUAACUACUUAUGUCAUCAAUACUCAAGUAGCCAACUUCCAUUCUGCGCUUACAACGGCUGCUUCUUUAGACGAGAUGAUCGACCUUCAUUCUUCUCACCUUGAGAAACUCCAGGGUCGGUGCUUGCUGCAGCCUAGUACAUCCGCUCUACACCGUGCUAUCUUGUCCGUGCUUGACAUAGCAAUCAAUUUCAGUACCCGUUUCGCUGCUUUCGCAGGGGACACCUCGAUGCACGACAUAUCUCGACUGAGCAUAUCCGUGGGGCACCGGAGCAAACGGUUGAAAAGGCAGCGAGGCAACGUAAUAGGAUUUUCCCAGUCAUUUCGCUCUCUCCUCAGCUUCGACAGCGACUCGGAUGAAGCCGAGGACGACGUGGACUCUCCUUCCUUUUCACUAGGGGCUACGUCAAUGACCUCUGGAGAGGACGACAAUUUUCUUAGCAGAGUCGAGGCGAUGUCCAACGAGCUUAACGGCUUGGUGCGCUUCGUUAGGCGGGGCGUGGAAAGCUUGGCCGGCGGCGUUGGGGAGGCAGCACCGACAUUUGGCGUCCUGGCGUUUACGUUAGAGGAUUGGGACUCCUGA